UGUUAUCUGCAGUAAUAUACCAAAGAAAGUAAAGUAAGAUAAAAGACAACAUGGACUUUCCAAGCCAAACAUCACAAAAAGCACCGUUAUAGCUGCAAUAUUUUGCCAUCUGGGCAGUCAAGAGAGGGACUUCAGAAUGACAGCAGUCAGUGUGUCACUUGGUGUUUUGGUGUUUCUGAAUCUCUCCGUUUGUGGCUAUUUUUAUGACCAAAAUAAUUUGCCAGAUAUUGGAAAUGCACAAUUUAUUGAAGAAUAUGUCAGAGUGCACAAUCAUUUCCGAUCCGGUGUGACUCCACCAGCAAGCAAUAUGAAACGAAUGAGCUGGGACCAUGAUCUAGCAAAGACUGCAAAAGGCUGGUCAAAAAUGUGCCAAUUUGAACAUAAUCCUGACCUCAAAAUAUUGGGGAAGGUUCACCCCAACUUUACAGUAGUUGGAGAAAACAUUUGGACAGGUUCCCUUUCACUUUUUAAUGUGACUGCAGCCCUCACUAACUGGUACAAUGAAGUCAAGUAUUAUGACUAUGAUACUCAACACUGCAGUUAUGUAUGUGGACAUUACACUCAGAUGGUCUGGGCAACAAGUUACAAAAUUGGUUGUGCCGUUCACUUCUGUCCAAGAGUAAGAGGUUUCAGUUAUCCUAAUGCUGCACAUUUAAUUUGCAACUAUGGACCUGGUGGAAAUUAUCCAACGAAACCAUACAAAACAGGAGCAGUAUGCAGUGAGUGUCAGGGAGAACCAUGUGUAGACAGACUCUGUGGUAAAGCCUGGAAGGACCCAGCUUGUGAUCAGUACUGCAUCACCGUACUAAUAUUAAGACCAUCUUUUCUUAUAGGGAUACUUGCUGCAGGAGUAUUUGUGAAGCACCGCUAUCCCCAAAUGUUCACAGAAAAUGCUAUAGUCUAGCAACAAUGAUAAAAAUCAAAUAUUUAAAUUAAAAUACAAUAGGAAUCGUACAGAAAGACAAAAGGAUACUGUAAUCAGCUAGCAUAAGAUAUUGGCCGAUUACAGACAAUAUAUUGGUGUUGCUAAGGCACACAAAGCUGUUCAAAGUUAAAGAGGAACACAAAAAGAGACUUUUUUGUUUUAAUGACAAAGAUACAAGAUGUUUUUACCAUGAAAUUUAUAAAAUGGUACACUACCCAUCUAAAAGUGAACACAAAUUCAAAGUUUGUGG